AUGGGAUCUCCAGCAGAUUUAAUCACAUACAGUCCCGCUGCUGCACAGCAUAACCUUGCUUUGAUUAACUACUGCCGCAUAUCUAUCGCGGCACUUUCUGGAUGUACAGCCGGGAUAUUAGGUUUGACAGGAAUCAUGGGAUUUAUGUUUUAUUUUCUGGCACAUGGUUUCCUAUCAUUGUUACUGCUACAAAAGGCAGGAAAAUUAUGGAACAAAUACUUUAUUCAGCGUUCGUGUUUAACGUAUGGAGGGGUUUUCGGAGAACUAACUACUUAUAUUUUAUUUUGGACUUUUAUCUAUGGCAUGGUUCAUGUAUAUUGA